AGAACGGAAAGUGCUGCUUUGCCUCUCAGUGACAUGGUGCUGACAGAGACCUGGCACACAAACAUCUGGUUGUAAACCUGCUGCCACACACGGAUGUAAUAUUUGCCCUGUCUACCGUACAUUCCCUGUAGUCAUGAGUUUUGCUGCUAUAUGUUUUGCUUUAUCCACAUUAUCCUUAAUAAUAACUUAGAUAAUAUCCCUAUACUAUUGUAGUAAAUCUGUGUUGCUUUCUACAGGACAUAUGAUGGAAACCCAGCCAACAACAAAGGAUGAGAAUCGCCUGAGAUGGGAUCUGACUCCUGAUCAGAUCCAUCUUCUGACUACUGAACUCAUUGAGCAAACCAAACGUGUUUAUGAUACUGUGGGCUCCUUAGAUUUAAACCAUGUAACCUACGAGAAUACAUUAAAGGCCCUGGCAGAUGUAGAGGUGGACUAUUCUGUUCAGGGGAGCAUGCUGAUUUUCCUUCAACAUGUUUCUUCCUGUAAAGAUGUCCGUGCAGCAAGCACUGAGGCUGACAAGAGGAUAUCAGAGUUUGAUGUUGAGACGACUAUGAGGGAGGAUCUGUAUAAAAGAAUUGAGCACUUACAGACGCUUCUUUCCCCUGAUUUACUGAAACCGGAAGCAAAGCGAUUUCUAGAAAAAUUUAUAAAGCUGAGUAAAAGGAAUGGCUUGCAUCUUGCACCGGAAAUGCAGGAGAAAAUAAAAGCAAUCAAACAAAAACUGAGCGCUCUUUCCAUUGAUUUCAGCAACAACCUAAAUGAAGACAUCACAUUUCUGACUUUCUCUAGGGAUGAACUGGGAGGGCUCCCUGAUGAUUUUUUGAACUCGCUGGAGAAAGCAGAGGAUGGGAAACUAAAGAUUACCCUACAAUAUCCUCAUUAUUUCCCUUUAAUGAAAAAGUGCUUUGUUCCUGAGACAAGACGGAAGGUGGAGGUCGCAUUCAACUCUCGCUCCAUGGAGGAAAACUCUAAGAUCUUGAAGGAGCUGGUGAACCUAAGGGAGCAGAAGAGCAGUUUGCUUGGGUUUGAAACUCAUGCAGAUUUCAUUUUGGAGAUGAACAUGGCGAAGAACUGUAAAAUAGUGGCAUCUUUCUUAGAUGAGUUGUACCAAAAGCUGAAGCCCCUUGGAGAACAGGAGAGAUCAGUCAUGUUUGAUUUGAAACGGAAAGAGUGUGAGAAGCGAGGUCUAGAGUUUGAUAACAAACUCAAUGCCUGGGACAUGCUCUAUUAUAUGAACCAAGUGGAGGAGACUACUUAUAGCGUAGACCAAAACUUCCUCAAGGAAUUCUUCCCCAUGGAGGUGGUGACUUCGGGUCUGCUUGAUAUUUAUCAAGAGCUGCUUGGGUUGAUUUUUGAACAGCAGAAGGGAGCUCCAGUCUGGCAUACAGAUGUAACUUUGUACAAUGUGAGGGAUAAAGCUACAGGGCAAAUCUUGGGAAUGUUCUAUCUGGAUUUGUAUCCAAGGGAGGGUAAAUACGGCCAUGCAGCAUGCUUUGGUCUACAGCCUGGUUGUGUUCUGCCAGAUGGCACAAGACAGAUAGCUGUGGCUGCCUUGGUUGCCAACUUCACCAAAUCUACAUCCGAUGCUCCUUCUCUUCUGCAGCACAAUGAGGUGGAAACCUAUUUCCAUGAGUUUGGUCAUGUCAUGCAUCAGAUGUGUUCACAGGCAGAUUUUGUUAUGUUCAGUGGAUCACAUGUUGAGAAAGACUUUGCUGAGACACCUUCUCAGAUGCUUGAAAACUGGGUGUGGGAGAGAGAAUCUUUGAAACGUAUGUCCAAACACUACAAGACUGGCAACCCAAUCCCUGAGGAUAUCCUGGAAAAGCUUCUUAAGUCACGUCUGGCUAACACCGGUCUUUUAAAUCUUCGCCAGAUAGUCCUUGCUAAGCUAGACCAGGCACUGCACACUCAGAUUGGUGUUGAUCCAGUUGAGGAAUAUAGCAGGUUGUGUAAGGAGAUCCUGGGGAUUCCAGCCACAGAAGGUACAAACAUGCCGGCCACAUUUGGACACAUUGCUGGAGAGUAUGAUGCUCAGUACUAUGGGUACCUGUGGAGUGAAGUAUAUUCUAUGGAUAUGUUCCACACACGGUUCAAGCAAGAAGGUAUCAUGAGCACAAAGGUUGGUGUGGAUUACAGGAACUGUAUACUGAAGCCCGGGAGCUCUCUUGAUGCCAUUGAUAUGUUGAGAAACUUCUUAGGCCGUGACCCGAAGCAAGAUGCAUUCCUCCAGAGCAAAGGGCUGACUAACUUGACUUCCCAGGGGUCAUCUACUGAAUGAUGACUCACUUUGAUAUAUAUAUAUAUAUAUAUAUAAAAAGGACCAGUUACCUAGAUGGUUUACUUAGCACAAUAGCAGACAGGGAUUGGCAUAUAACCCACAAAAUAAAACAUUUAAUGUGCAGUAUCAGAGGCUGCUUGUAAUAGCAAUUUCUUUUACCAAUUUUAUAUUUAAAUACCAGUUUCAAGAAAAAUAUGGAAAUUAGUGACAAAUCAAUUCUUCUCUUUGGCAAAUGUUUCAAUAAAGAUCAGCGCAAGAGCAUUGUAUGAUGAUA